CUAGCUUGUGUGAAAUGUUAUACUCGUAUUCACGUAUCAUUGUUGAAAGAAUUGAUUAUGACAUAUGGGUGGCCGCAGGAAAUCGGUUUUAAAAAUUCUAAUUUAACCAUAGAGAAUAAUGAUGUAGUGUUUUACAUUGAUUUUACGCUGAAAUAUUUGUGGUUUAAUAAGAAUAUUUCACUAAAAGUGAAGAACUACAUUAUAGUUUUUCUUUUCUUCAAGGGCAAUGCACUGUGGGUACGAUUUGUCCACUGCGCAUGCGCAGAUCAGUUUACAGUUGGAUUUUGGCAUAAAAUGGCGUCAGCUAAGUUUCUGGAGGAAGCUCUCACAUCUACAGACGUGGAUGAGUCGGCAGUGAAUGCGUUAGUGGGAUCUUUAGAAACGUCAUUAGUAACUACAACACCUGCUGUUUCUAAUCAGCAAGGAGUUUCAGUUAAUGUGAAUCAAAACCAUUUGAACAGUGCUAUUUCUAAUGGAUCCUCAAUAUCGUCUCAGAAACACGGUGUCCUCAACGGUGGAUCCGAUUCUAUGAAUAUUAUUCUAAACUCGGAUGCAAACAAAGUUAUUUCGUGUAGUAAUCAUCAGAGUGCUUUACCUAGUGUAGUGAAUACAGUGGUUGCAUCUUUGCAUGGAGGUGUUCCAUCUAGUGGGUAUAUAAACCAAGUAACAUCUAAUAUAGGUUUAGUUCAAUCAAAUCUUGCAAAUUUAAAUAAAUCACAAGACACAGUAAAGCUUGUUUAUCCUAGCAGUACUCAGUCUGCUACUACAACUAUAGGAGGAGUUAACAGAGUAACAUAUCCUAAUAAUCAGACAAUUUCCUCUCUACCUAAUGGUAACUUAGGGCUCACAUCAUUGACUUCAAAUUCCUCUGUAUUGACUGUGUCAAAUUCUAGUGUUCAAAGUGUAGUUUCACAAAGUUAUUCACAAGCAGGUACUAAUGUAAACAAACAAGUUGGUGGUGUUGGUGUAAUUGGAAUGGACCAAAAUAAACCAACGGGCACAGCAUUAGUAAUUAAGUCGAGUGGAAAUAAUCAUGGGCCCCAAGGUGUAACUCAAGGACUUGUUUCUGUGCCAAUGACUGUAGGAACUACUACAAUGACAUUGACAGGAACACACGUAAAUGCUGCCCUCGGCACUACAACAACUAGUGGCGUUCCGGGAGUUGUUACUUUAACUAAGCCUAUUAACCAGUCUGUUGGAUCUCAACCAGGUAUUGUUGGUAAUAAUCCAACAUUAAUACCAGCUAAUGUACAAAUUCUUAAUGUUAAUACCAUUAGACCUGGUACUCCUGUUCAACCUGGACAAAAAACAGCUUCGCCUAGAGUAAUGACUAUUGGAACUCCUCAGAUGGUUGGUGCACGUCCUGGACAACCUGGGCAACCGAUUACUCUACAAACAUUACAAAGCCUGCAAGGUGCUCAGGGUGGCCACCUGUUGCUCAAGACAGAGAAUGGGCAGUACCAACUUCUACGGGUGGGUCCGGCCCAAACUCCGACAGCUGCAAUAGCUCCCAACAAUGCUGCAACCAACACUGCAGCAUUUAGAGUCCAGUCUGUUCCAGCAGGUGGAGCAGUUGCUGCUGCUGUCCAGACACAGGUGCCUGCCCUCACCACACAAACAACAGCUACCACAGCCGCGACAACAUCUCAGCGACAUCCAUCUGCUGACACGGUGAAAGAGAAAUGUCGAAAGUUCCUAGCAAACCUGUUAGAGUUAUCGUCGAGAGAACCCAAAGCUGUAGAACGCAAUGUGAGAACGCUCAUACAGGAGCUAGUGGAUACCAAGGUGGAACCGGAGGAGUUCUGUGAUAGACUGGAGAGGCUACUCAACGCUUCACCUCAGCCUUGUCUCAUAGGAUUCCUCAAGAAAAGUUUACCACUGUUGCGUCAGUCCAUGGUAGCCAAAGAACUUGUGAUAGAUGGGAUCCGCCCGCCUCCAGCCAGCGUGCUGUACAGUACUCCCACUGUGGUGCAACAGACUAUACAGCAAGGGACAACAAGGGCCCAGCCGCAGCUGCAGGUGAACACCCCCCAGAUGCGAGUGAUAACGCAGACAGCACCCACGACCGUCGUGGGAACUCCUCCUCGUGCCUCUCAGCCCGUCCAGCACCGGAUCGUCACUCCACUGCGAGUACCAGCUCCAGGGACCAAGGUCGCACCUGGGACACCCAUCGUGGGGCUGAGGCCGCAGACACCUCUGGUUCCAGGAAACACUACUGCCAUCAGAUUACAGACGCCGAUACGGACCACAACCCUGACCAAGCCCGGUCAACAUACCACUGUGCCCAUCGGCAUCAAGGCCCCGGCCCUGGCCGCUGCGGGCCUCAAGCCUGGCCAGAUGUUGGCCAAGGCUACCAUAGCCACGCGGCCUGUCGGCUCACCCCUGGCCACCACCUCCCUCAAGCAGCCCAUCCACGGGCCUGCUCCUUCCAUUCUCCUCAAGGCUGUGACUGGUACCAAAGAAAAGGAAAAGAAAACUUAUUCCUCCACGGGAUACACAGGUGACGAUGAUAUAAAUGACGUGGCUGCUAUGGGAGGAGUGAAUCUUGCUGAGGAAACGCAGAGGAUAUUGGGCUCAACGGAAUUUGUUGGAACCCAAAUAAGAUCGUGCAAAGAUGACAUUUACUUGCAUUCCACCCCUCUGAUGCAAAAAAUUAACCAAAUUGCGGCAAAACAUGGGCUGGAAGAACCGAGUUCAGAAGUGGCUGCCCUCAUAUCCCAUGCAACGCAAGAAAGAUUAAAAAACAUUGUAGAAAAGCUUGCUGUGAUAGCCGAACACAGGAUAGAUUUAAAUAAAUUGGAUCCUCGAUACGAAGUGACCCAAGACGUGAGAGGUCAGCUCAAGUUCCUGGAAGAGCUGGACAGGGUAGAGAGAAAGCGGCAUGACGAGCAGGAGCGGGAAUUGCUGUUAAGAGCUGCCAAGAGUAGAUCGAAGAGCGAAGACCCUGAGCAAGCUAAACUUAAGGCCAAAGCUAAAGAGAUGCAGAGAGCAGAGAUGGAAGAGUUACGGCAGCGGGAAGCCAACCUCACAGCCCUCCAGGCCAUUGGUCCUAGAAAAAAGCCGAGAUUAGACGGGUCUGAUUCGUUCUCCAUGUCUGGCCAGGCAUCUUGUAGUUCCUCCACUUCAAACGGCAGUGUAAAUAGAUCACAAACGUUAAGACCAAGGUUAAAAAGAGUGAACAUUCGAGACCUGCUGUUCCUCCUGGAGACGGAGAAGGACACGUGCCACAGCAGCCUCCUGUACAGAGCAUACCUCAAGUGAUACAUCUGCUUAUCUCCUACAGCAAGUCGCAUGUUGCCUUCACCCACUCACAAUGUUUUCUUGUUAUUUAUUUUUAUAGAUAAUUUUUUAUAUGUUGAAUUGAUAAACCGAUAUGAGAUUAUAGAGCAUUAUAUAAUGUAAUGUAUACGGGGAUGUACAUUUGUUGUUAAGUAUAAUUUAAUUGUGAUUAAACAUGUGGACGUUUUGUUGAUUUUAUAACUAUUGUGUACAGUUAUUUUUAGUUACCAUAGUCAUGAGUAAUAUAUUGCAGUACGUUUGUAAAUCAUAAACUUUCACAAAUAUGAAUUGUCGUUCUAAGUAAUUGUAAUAGUAACAUUUUUAUAUUUAUUUAUUAUGAUUGUUAUUUUUAAAAUAGAGUGUUUAAUAUAUUUAUUAAUUUUUGUUUUGGUUUCA